AUGAGUUCCUUGAUGGGGGACAAGAAACGGGCACUCAGGGGUGCGAUUCUAGCGAAAAGAGAAUCUCUUUCGUCCACCCUGGUUCACGCUUGGGGAGAGACGAUUCAGCGCUUCGUACUCGCGCUCCCUGCUUACCGGUCCGCGGAAGCCAUUGCGCUUUACAGUCCGGUGGGGAACGAAGUCGAGACAGCGGAGAUACGCCGCGGCGCCUUGGCGACAGGGAAGCGGCUGUACUAUCCGAAGGUUACGGGCGGUUGUUCACGUAUCGUGGAGGUGCGGUCGGAGGCGGAGCUCGUUCCCGGCCGGUACGGGAUUCGCGAGCCGGUGGGAGGUCAGCCGUUGCCUCGUCGCGGUGAUGGCGGACUUGCGGUUUUCGUUCCGGGCGUGGCCUUUGACCGCAACGGCAACCGUCUGGGUCGCGGGACGGGCUGGUACGACCGUCUGUUGGGCGGUUUGGAUGCUCGUGUUCCGAGGAUCGCUUUGGCCUAUGAAUUCCAGUUGCUGGAGGAAGUUCCCGUCCAAUGGGAGCUGGAUCGAAACACCGCCGCGCGUAUCUUGGACGAGGCGCGGAGGGAAGCCGAUGCGAUCCGCAAGGAGGCGGAGAUAGAGGCCAAGGAUGGGGUUUUACGGGCGCGCACCGAGUUCGAGAACGAUAUGCGGGAGACGCGCAGGGACCUCCAGUCGCUGGAGAGGAGGUUGCUGACCAGAGAGGAGGUUCUGGACAAACGUCUGGAAGGCCUGGACAACCGGGAAACCAGCCUUUCCAACCGGGAAGGAGCCAUCGAAAAGAAAGAGCACGCACUCGAUGAGAAGGAGGUGGAGUCCCGGCGUCUCGUUGACGAGGCCAAGCAAAGCUUGAAAUCGUUGCCGGUAUCAGCCGCGAGGAGGCGAAGAAGAGCUUGA